AUGGUCAAAACGUUGGAAAUCUGCUCUGUUGUAACCCUUAUUUUCGCUUACGCCAACGCGCAGUCUACAGCGUCGCAGUAUGGUCAGUGUGGUGGAAUUGGUUGGACAGGAGCAACGUUAUGCCCCUCGGGAUGGUCAUGCAACGUUGUCAACGAUUAUUAUUCGCAAUGUCUUCCUGGAGCGGCGACCAGUACUGUGACCGUGUCUGCCUCUUCUGCCUCAACGUCUGGAGGAAGUACAAGCACAUCUGCAACCGCUCCAGUAGCCACUUCUACCCUCCUUCCUGGAAAUUCUUUCAUUCGUUCCGUGGAGGAUCCAUACUUCCACUAUUAUCUUCAGUCUAUCACUCCCGGAAACGCCACAGCCGCUAUCAUGGGCGUAUAUACCAGUGCGGCACAGUUCCAGGUCACCGGUGGUCAACUCAUCCAAGAAUCAACCCCACCUUUGUAUGCAAUCGUUGAGGACCGUGCCAAUUCUACUGUCAUGAAACUGGGUGUUUCUUGGAGUGAGACUCCCGCGACUAGCGGGACGUUUGAUUUCAGUGGGGAUACUAUAGAGUGGAGCAUACCUACAAUCGACAGACCUCAAGUGAAUGCCUGGUUGGUUUGCCCGGAUGAUGAAGAAAACAAUCUGCUUUUCGUGAAUUUGGGUUAUUACGAUUAUGAAACUCCAACAGGUUGUGCGGACGAAACAAUUCAUUUCUACACGGGUGCUACAGCUGUCCCGUGA